AUGCAAGGUAGGAGAGUAGCAAGAGAACUUGUCUUUGAUCCUGAAAUAGAGAAAACAGCUAAAGCAAACAGGAAAGCAGUUCGGUUAGCCCGAGAGGCUGCCCGGUUAGCAGGUGUUGCACAAGAAAGUAGUGAAGAAGCGGUUUCUAGUCCAAACACAUCGGACAACGAAGCCAACAUCAUGGCUGAAAAUCCACCACCACCUCCACCAGUUGUGCCUGAGAGGAUGUUAGGUGACUAUGGGCAAAGAAACAAUGGAGAGCUUGCCAAUCUGGGUUUCCAACCGCGAAAUCAUGUGUCAUUUGAUAUCAAGAAUUCAGUGCUCAGCGCCCUCAAAGAGAAUCAAUACUCAGGGGCAGAAACACAAUGUCCAAAUCUGCACCUGGAGCAUUUCUAUGAAGCUUGUGACUAUACAGACCCACCAGGAGUAUCUGAAUCAGAUAAAAGAUUAAGGCUUUUCAAGUACUCGUUAACUGGAAGAGCUAAAGACUGGCUGGACACAAUACCACCUAACACCAUCAAUACUUGGCAAGAGCUAGAGAUGAAGUUCAUGGAUAGGUACUUUCCAAUUCACAAGUAUUUGGAAAGAAGAGCUGACAUUACAAGUUUUGAGCAAGGAGACUCCGAAACAUUGUAUGAUGCCUGGGAAAGAUUCAAACUGAGCCUGAAGAAGUGUCCUAAGCAUGGGCUCGAUAGUCAUACUCAAAUGCAGCAUUUCACACAAGGAUUGAGAGCUCAAACUAGAAUGUUUCUAGAUGCAUCGGCAGGUGGAUCUUUGAAAAAUAAAAAUCAAACUCAAGCUAGAGAGUUGGUGGAGUCCAUGGCUCAAAAUGAGUACAGAGUUGAAAAUGAUCGUGGUGCAAAGAAGAAGGCAGGCAUGAUAGAGCUCGAUACUCAAACUGCUCUUUUGGCCCAAUCUACAUUGAUGAAUUCUCAAAUGGCAGCUGUGUUGAAACACCUCACUAGCACUCCUAAUGCCCAAAUGCCAGUCAUGGCAGCUAAUGAAGUGAAAUGUGAUUUUUGUGGACAAGGGCAUGCUAAUGGCCAAUGUUUUCCUGAAGGGUCAGAAGAGGCAAAGUACCUAGCCAACUUCAAAAGGAACAACCCAAAGUAUGAUCCAUAUUCAAACACUUAUAACCCAGGUUGGAGAGAUCAUCCAAACUUUGGUUGGGGAGGAAAUCAAAACUCAAAUCAAUCUCAACAACAAUCUUCUUCACAAAACUCCCAACAAAGGAGACCUUCUCAAUUAGAGGAUACACUUACUCAAUUCAUAAAGGUGACGCAAGGGAACUUCGAAGCUAUGAAGGUUAGCCAAGAUCAAAUGAAAACCAACCAAGAUAUUGCCAACAAGAAUCAUGAAGCUUCAAUUAAGAACUUGGAAACUCAAGUUGGGCAAUUGUCAAGGCAAUUCGCGGCUACUCAAAAUAAUGGUUUUGAAGGUUCUACAAAGGAUAAUCCGAGGAAUGAAAGUUGCAAGGCGAUUAAUUUGAGAAAUAGAGUGGUUCCUUCACCUGAGAUUGUAACGAAGAAAAAGAAAAAAAUGAUUGAGAGUGAGAAAGAGGAGUUAGUUGAAGAUGAGAAAGAGAAAAAAAUUGAAAAAGAGAAUGAUGAGAAGUUAGUUGAAAAGAAAGGCAAGGGUGUAGAGGAGAAAGAAAGUUCUGUCCAUGCUAAAUUGCCAUAUCCGCGCAAGAAGAAGGCAAAGGCUAAUGAUCAUCAACAAUUCAAAAAAUUUAUGAAGAUGCUUCAUGAUCUCCAAAUUAACAUUCCUUUUGCUGAAGUGUUGGAACAAAUGCCUGUCUAUGCCAAAUUCAUGAAAGAUCUCUUGACAAAGAAAAGGAAACCUCUUGAUGAUGACACAGUUGAUAUGACAGAGGAAUGUAGCGCCAUAAUUCAAAAGAAGCUUCCUCAAAAGAAGAAAGAUCCGGGAAGUUUUACUAUCCCAUGUUCUAUUGGCAACAUUUCCGUUGGUCGAGCUCUAUGUGAUUUGGGAGCAAGCAUAAAUCUCAUGCCAUUGUCAAUGAUGAAAAAGAUUCCGGGAGCCGUUGCUAAACCUACAAAAAUGCAACUCUCUUUGGCUGAUCGAUCAAUAGUACAUCCAUAUGGCAUACUACAUGAUGUGUUGGUAAGAGUUGCGGAGUUUGUUUUCCCGGCGGAUUUCGUCAUCCUUGAUAUGGAAGAUGAUGCAGAUGUAGAACCAUUGUUGUUGGGUAGACCAUUCUUAGCUACCGGAAGAGCAUUGAUUGAUGUUGAGAUGGGAGAACUUAUGUUGAGAACACAUGGGGAACAAGUCAUGUUUAACGUGUUCAAAGCUAUGAAACACCAUGAUGAGGAGCCACAAUGUUACAAGGUUGACGUGAUUGAGGAAGUGGUAGAAGAUGUCUUAGUGGAAGAAACACCAUCCUUACCUUUAGAGAGAGUAAUUGUUAAUUCCAUCGAUGAUUUGGAGGAGGAAUGGGACAAGGAGAUUGAAAUUUGUCUCCGUCAGCUUGAAUCAUGUAAAGAAGAAGAAGCACAAAAAGAUUUUGAAAAUGUGUAUGCUGUGGAAGAGAAAGCUAGUGGUAAGGAGGACCUAAAAGUUACUAUUCCGGAGUUGAAAGAGCUCCCCCCUCACUUAAAAUAUGUUUUCUUAGGAGAAGAUGCUUCACAACCGGCAAUCAUAAGCAGCAGGUUGAGUUCUUUGGAAGCAGAGAAGCUAACUAGAGUCUUGCGAGAAAAUAAAGAAGCCAUGGGUUGGAGCAUCUCUGAUUUGAAAGGGAUUAGUCCCGGAUUCUGUAUGCAUAAGAUAAAAAUGGAAGAUGAAUACAAACCUGUGGUGCAACCUCAAAGAAGACUAAAUCCAACCAUGAAAGAAGUGGUGAAGAAAGAGGUUCUUAAACUUCUAGAAGCUGGUAUGAUUUAUCCAAUCUCGGAUAGUGCGUGGGUUAGUCCUGUCCAUGUGGUCCCGAAAAAAGGUGGUAUGACAGUUGUGAGAAAUGAAAAAAAUGAACUGAUACCCACUCGCACCGUCACUGGGUGGCGGAUGUGUAUAGACUACAGGCGGUUGAACUCGGCAACAAGGAAGGACCAUUUUCCUCUUCCAUUCAUGGACCAAAUGUUGGAAAGGCUUGCAGGGCAGGCCUAUUAUUGCUUUUUGGAUGGAUAUUCUGGGUACAAUCAGAUUGUAGUAGACCCAGAGGAUCAGGAGAAAACAGCUUUUACUUGCCCUUUUGGAGUAUUCGCUUACCGGAAGAUGCCUUUCGGGUUGUGCAACGCACCGGCCACAUUCCAGCGGUGUAUGCUAUCUAUUUUUGCUGAUAUGAUGGAGGACACAAUCGAGGUAUUUAUGGAUGAUUUUUCUGUGUUUGGUAAGUCUUUUGAUAAAUGUUUAGCCAAUUUGAAUGCCGUAUUGAAGAGAUGCAUAAGUACCAAUUUAGUUUUAAAUUGGGAAAAAUGUCAUUUUAUGGUUAAAGAAGGUAUUGUGCUUGGACACAAAAUCUCUUCAAAGGGCAUUCAAGUUGACCAAGCAAAGAUAGAGGUUAUUAAGGAAUUGCCUCCUCCCGUGAAUGUUAAGGGAGUGAGAAGCUUCUUAGGACAUGCCGGUUUCUAUCGGCGUUUCAUAAAAGACUUUUCCAAAAUAGCUAAGCCCUUAAGUAACCUCCUCGUGAAGGAAAAUGAAUUCAAAUUUGAUGAUGAAUGUUUGAAUGCUUUUGUUGUGAUUAAAGAAAAGUUGGUCACCGCGCCCAUAAUCGUUGCACCUAAUUGGGAUCUCCCUUUUGAAUUAAUGUGUGAUGCAAGUGAUUAUGCGGUUGGAGCGGUGCUUGGCCAACGACAUGCGAAAUUUUUCCAUGCUAUAUACUAUGCAAGCAAGGUUUUGAAUGAAAACCAAAUCAAUUAUACAACUACUGAAAAAGAGUUGCUUGCAAUAGUAUUUGCUUUGGAAAAAUUUCGCUCUUAUCUGAUUGGAUCGAAAGUUGUUGUUUUUUCAGAUCACUCGGCACUUAAGUACCUCCUCACAAAAGGCGACUCAAAGCCUAGACUCUUGAGGUGGGUACUACUUCUGCAGGAAUUUGAUUUGGAGAUAAAAGACAAGAAAGGUGUGGAGAAUGUGGUCGCGGACCAUUUGUCAAGGUUAGAAAAUCCAAUGGUGACCACAAAAGAGAAGUGCAUUAACGAAGAGUUCCCGGAUGAAAAAUUGCUGAUGGUUUCUAAAAGGCCUUGGUUUGCUGACAUGGCUAAUUUCAAAGCAGGAAAUGAAAUUCCGGAGGACUAUUCCUAUCAGCAAAAGAAGAAAUUCUUUAGAGAUGCUAACUUCUAUUUUUGGGAUGAUCCAUACCUAUUUAAGGUGGGGCAAGAUGGUUUGAUCCGUAGAUGUGUUGAUGAAGAAGAGGCGCAAAGUAUAAUGUGGCACUGCCACAGUUCUCCAUAUGGUGGUCAUCACAGUGGUCCACGAACAGCAGCAAAGGUGCUUCAAAGUGGUUUCUUUUGGCCGACACUGUUUGCAGAUUGUGUAGAGUUUGCUAGAAGAUGUGAUAAUUGCCAGAGGACCGGCAAUGUUUCAAAGCGGGAUGAGAUGCCUCUAAACCAAAUGCUCGAAGUAGAACCUUUUGAUUGUUGGGGGAUUGAUUUCAUGGGACCUUUUCCAUCUUCACGGUCUAACCUUCAUAUAUUGGUGUGUGUAGAUUAUGUUACAAAAUGGGUGGAAGCUAUUCCUUGCCAAGCAAAUGACUCUCAUACCGUGGUCAAGUUUCUUAAAGAAAAUAUUUUUACUCGGUUUGGGGUUCCUAGAAUUCUCAUUAGUGAUGGAGGCAAACAUUUUUGUAACAAAUACUUGGAGAAUGUCUUGGAGAAAUACAAUGUUAAGCACAAGGUGGCCACUCCAUACCAUCCUCAGACAAGUGGACAAGUUGAAGUAUCUAACCGGCAAUUGAAACAAAUUCUGGAGAAAACGGUUUCUACUUCAAGGAAAGACUGGUCAAUGAAGCUUAAUGAUACACUUUGGGCUUAUAGAACCGCGUUCAAGACACAUUUGGGGUUCUCUCCGUACCAACUAGUUUAUGGCAAAUCAUGUCACCUACCGGUUGAGCUAGAACACAAGGCAUAUUGGGCUGUGAAAUUUUUAAAUUUUGAUGCAGGUCUUGCAGGUGAGAAAAGAUUGCUUAAGCUGAAUGAACUUGAAGAAUGGCGGAUGCAAGCAUAUGAAAAUGCCGUGAUUUUUAAAGCAAGGACAAAGAAGUAUCAUGACAAAGGGUUGGUAAGAAAGGAGUUUAAGAAAGGACAGCAAGUCUUGUUGUUCAAUUCUCGUUUAAGGUUAUUCCCGGGUAAGCUGAUGUCUCGGUGGUCUGGUCCGUUUGUCAUUAAGGAAGUUUUUCCACACGGGGCUGUGGAAAUUUUUACACCAGGAGAGGAGGAGAAAUCUUUCAAAGUAAAUGGACAAAGACUCAAGUUUUAUAAGGGAGGAGAUUUUAAUCGCCACAAGGUGGCAGUACUUUUCGAAGACCCUUGAGGUUUCGAGACCGUCAAGCUAAUGACGCUAAAAGUAGCGCUGCUUGGGAGGCAACCCAAGGUUUUAUUUAACCGUAAUAGUUUUUCUUUUGAUUUUUUGUGUUGUGCAGGUCAAAUUGAAAAAAAAAGAGGAGUGUGAAAAGUAUCACAAUCAGGAAUUUACGCUUGGGGCACCAAAAAUUUCGCCUGAAGCAUAAGAAAGGAGCAGAAAAAUUCAAAUCCUGAGUGAUUUACGUUUGGGGCGGAAGAAAUUGCGCCUAAGGCGUAAAAAUAAUGAUGAAAAAUGGGUGCCCACUGUUUUGCCGUUUGGGGCGGAAGAAAUUACGUUUGGGGCGUAAAAAUCCUGAAGAAAUUGGGUUGCUUAAUAUUUUGCCGUUUGGGGCGGAAGAACUGCCGUUUGGGGCGGAAAAUCACACUGAAAAAAAAUGGUGCUCUCUGUUUUGCCGUUUGGGGCGGAAAAAUUUGUGUUUGGGGCGGAAAUAUUUCGUUUUAGGCGUAAACACAUAUGAAACCCUCAUUCUUUCUCUCAAACUUCAUCUUCUUCAACAAACCUUAUCCUUUCUCUCAAACUUCAUCUCCUUCCUCACACAAAUCCUCCAUUAACAACCAUCCAAACCUUCAAACCCAACACAAAUCCUUCAUUAAAACAACAACCACAACAAAUUCACCCAUUAUCUUUCACCAAUUUCAUCCUCAAAUCUCAAACCCCUCUUGAACCUAAACCUCCCAAAUCCUUCAAACUCCAUUAAAACAACAACCUCUCUCACACCCAUAACACCAAACCCACGAAAUUUCUUCCAUCUAACUCUAUUCUUCAAAACCCAUCAUUAACAACAACCAAUUCUUCAAAUUUUUUCCAAAACCCAAAAUCAAAAACCCUUCAAAACCCUACACGAAAAUUCACCCAAAAACACCAUAAAUCUUCAUCUUUUCCAUCACUCACCCAUAACCCAUCACCCUUCUCAAUCUUUACCUUUCACACCAUGAAGAACAUAUUCAAAAAAUCCUCAAAAGAUAAAGAAGUUGAAGUUGGGUCUUCAAAAUCAAGGUCAAAAGUGGUGAAGAAAAGGAGAGUAGUCCGAACUCCUACACCGUCACCUUCGCCUUCUCCUCCACCAUCACCGCCUAGAGAGCAAUCACCACCUCCUCCAACGCCGGUUGUGACUGAAAUUCCUCGGUCACGUUUUGUUCGUCCAACGGCCUACAAUCGGUACCAGACUCUCAAAAGUAAGGACUUCAAACCUGAAAAGCGUCUCACGGAUGAAGUGCUAGCAUUGCCCUUAAUUGAAGCAGAAUUCCGCAACAGGCAUUGGUAUGAGUUUAAUUUCUGUCUUCGGUCUGGAAAUCGUACUUUAGCAUUAGAAUUUUUGAGUAAUGCAUGGCGAGUGAAAAAUUCGUCACCACGGAUUGCUAAAGUACGCGGGGUAGAUGUAGACUACUCCCCGGAAACUAUAAAUAGGUUAUUUCAUUUUAAUGUUCCUGAAUUCUGUGUUCUGAAUCAUCGACGUGAGAAUAGGGCAACCAUGGCAUCAGAUAAGCGUGAGGCUUUAAAAUCUCAGCUGACCGUACCCGGAAGUGUGUGGGUGAGACCAUCGAGACAGCUCCCACCCCAGCGGUUUAAAACCGCUCAUUUGUUGGAUUUUCCACGGAUUUGGGCUGAAUUUUGGAUAAAUAACGUGGAGCCAAGUGGGAACAAUUCUGAGAUUCCUAUGGAUGUAGGGCUAGCACUUCAAGCUAUUUUGUUAGGUGAAGACAUAGAUUUGGGCACAAUUCUGAGUGAUGAUUUGUCUGCAAUUAUCCAGAAAGAUCCCGGGUCAUAUAGUCUAACACAUCUCUGUUUGAUCACUAAACUGUGUCUGGAUCAAAAUGUUGCUACUUUUGAUGAUGAUCAAAUGGAAGAGCCUAGAAAAGUCACUACGGCUUUUGUAAGAGAUGUGAGAAGAAAAACUUUCGGGAAGACAUUCAUUCCAUUUGCUGAUGUGGAUGAUGUAAUGGAUUACACGAUUGAGGGAGGAGGUGAAGAAAGGGAGGAGAAUGUUGAAAAUAUGAUGCCCCAUGACAUACCACAAGGUCCGGAAAUGGAGAGUUUUCCAGCUCCGCAGUUUGAUGUGAAUGUUCUUGCUGACAUGGUGUGGAAAAUGGACAUGAGCACCCAACAGGGCAUUGAUAUGGCGGACCACUAUGACACUUCAUCCGCCUUAUGGCAAGCAUCCAUGCGUUACCGGGAGCAAGUCCCGGCAUAUUUCUAUCCGAGAUAUCCAACAAUGCAUGAAUUUGAUGAAGCUCACAAUCAAAGAGUUAGGAGCAUGGCGGCUACACAUGAAAGGAACCGUGCUACCUACAUUCGCCAAAGGAGGGCAGCUGGCCUUCCAGAUGAAGGAGGGUCCUCAUCAAUGCAAUUUCCUGGAAAUCUGCCUCGUUUUGAUCAUGAUCACAACAUGCCCGAGCAGGAUUGAGGUUUUGUGCCAUUCACCUUUACUGUCCUUCUCCUCUAUAGAUUCUUUUUGGCCUGUGUAUUAUGAUUCCUUUGUUUAAUUUGUUGCAUGCUUGAUGUUGGUCUAUAAUAAGUACUUGAGCUAGUCGUUGUGUUUUCUUUGAAUGUUUUAGUCUUUUUGAAAACUUCACACUAUUGAAAUUUGUUUGGCUAUCAUCUUAGAUUCAAAAUUGUUGACCAAAUGUGUGAUAUGAAUUUGUGAUGUUUUUGAUUGUUUCGGAUGCAUCAUAGUGAUGAUUUAGGCAAGGCUUAGGGACUCUCACAAAUAUUGACCAUAGUUUAAUUCA